AUGGUUGAAUCAGUUUCUCAAACACCACCUGAAAGUCCCAAUCACCAAACCACAGAAAUCCCAUUCACUUCAAACUCAGGAAACCCUAGAACUUUGGACCCAUACGUAAUUCAUCCCAGCGACAACCCAGCUACUGUGUUGUUCUCUCCGUUGUUACAAGGUGAUAAUUACGGAUCAUGGGUGAGAGGUAUCACCAAGGCUCUCAAUGCUAAGGGAAAACUUGGAUUCGUGGAUGGCUCCCUUCCUCCUCCCACUGAUGAACUGACUUAUCAGUGUUGGAAACGUUGUGACGAUUUGGUGGGCAGUUGGCUGCUUAAUUCAUGCCAACCAGAUAUCAGGGCAAGCUGUUUAUAUGCUCCUUCCUCUCACGCAAUCUGGAAGGAUAUACAGGUGAGAUUCUGCAUAUCUAAUGCUCCUAUCUUAUUUCGUUUAAAAUCUGCUAUUGCUGCGAUUCGACAAGAGUCGAUGUCUGUGUCUCUGUACUAUACCAAAAUCAAAACCUUGUGGGAUCAAUAUGAUUCCCUUGUCGCUGUCACGGAGGUGUGCAUCUGUGGAGCUGGAAAGUCGCUGCUUGAAAGAUUGGAACGUGACAGAGCCGUGGAAUUCCUUCAAGGUUUGCACGACAAGUUUUCAAACCUCAGAAGUCAGAUCCUUUUAAUGGAUCCAUUUCCAACAGCACUCCGUAUUUUCAAUAUGGUGCAGCAGGAGGAGGAACAACAACAUAUCACCUCGAGUCCUCUUCCUAACAUCGAGUCGGCUGCUCUCAACACGAAUCGCUUUGCUGCGCCGUCUUCUGCUAACCGAUCUGCUGCAAGUCACAACAAAAGGCCAAGACCUCAUUGUGAUUUUUGUAACCGCCAUGGACAUGUCAGGGAUCGCUGCUAUCGUCUUCACGGUUUCCCGUCUUCCUCUACAUCACAGCCGGUUGCUGCCAAUACUAUCGCUGCUCCUUCCGAAUCACAGCUUACCAAUUAG